AUAUAAUGGAAACAAAUUUAAAAGACACAUUUUGACAACAUUUUAUACAACACGAGUAAUAGACGCAUGCGCACGUAUCUCUCUAACUUGACUUCCGUUUUGUACUACCUUCCUUUUCUUCAUAAACGUUCAAGAUGGUAAACGUACCGAAGCAAAGACGUACUUUUUGCAAGAAAUGCAAAGUACACAAACCACAUAAGGUGACACAAUAUAAAAAGAGCAAAGAAAGACAUGCGUCACAAGGUAGAAGACGUUAUGACCGUAAACAACAAGGUUUCGGUGGUCAAACAAAACCUAUAUUCAGAAAGAAGGCUAAAACUACCAAGAAGAUAGUGUUAAGAAUGGAAUGUACAGAGUGUAAGUACAGAAAACAAAUUCCUCUUAAAAGAUGCAAGCACUUCGAAUUAGGUGGUGACAAGAAACGUAAGGGACAAAUGAUUCAGUUCUAAAUGAUUUAUUUUACGCUAUGUUCUGUAAAUUUAAUAAGAAAUAAAAUAAAUCUGAAUUUU